GUCAUAGCCCCUCGCCGGUACCGCACUCUUUACCUCCGCGCAUCCUUCGUGGUUUUCUGCUUAAAAUAUCGAUUUUUCUCCGGUUUCAGAAGUUUUAAAGACACCUGGUGUUCGUGUGAGCAGAAUGGGUCCCGUAGAGCUCCUCCACAUGUCCGUCUUCUCCCAGAGCUUUUCUCCCUGCGGACGAUUCCUGGCAGCUGGAAACAACUAUGGAGAGAUCGCCCUGUUCAGCCUGUCUGCAGCUUUGAGUCCAGACGCCACGGCUCGCAGUCAGAAACCCGUCCUGACAUUCACAGCUCACGAGGGUCCGGUGUUCUCGCUGCUCUCCAACGACAGUCGCCUCCUCAGCGCCGGGAACGGAGAGAUCAGCUGCUGGAGCUGGAGCGAGCUCAUCAAGAAGAAUGUCAAACCUCUGUGGACGAAAAGACCAAACUACAAAUCGAGUCUGGAGAUCCCAGAGAUCAACGCCAUGACCCUCAACCCCAGAGACAACAGUCUGGUGCUCGGAGGAGGCGACAACAACGUCCAUAUCCUGGACCUGGAGCACGGAGUCUUUAAGGCUGUCCUGCAGGGACACUCUGACUACGUCCACUGUGUGAGCGUGCGGGACCGGGAGGCGGAGCUCCUGUCUGGGGGGGAGGACGGAGCUGUGAGGAUGUGGGACAGCAGGACGGGUCAGUGUGUCCACUGCAUCGAGGUCUACAAGUAUGAGAGUUGUGCUCGUCCUCAGUUUGGAAAAUGGAUCAGCUGUUUGACCACCGACUCUGACUGGAUGCUGUGCGGCGGCGGUCCGUCUCUGUCUCUUUGGCAUCUCCGCUCGCUGUCCCCCACAUCUGUCUUCCCUCUGACAGGCUGCCAGAGACAGGCCACCUUCUACCAGGACAUGAUCCUGGCGGUGGGGGAGGGUCCGGCCGUGUCUCACUGUCUCCUGGGCGGCGAGGUCAAAGCUCAGAUCCCGUGCACGCCACAGAGCCUCAACACGCUGCAGCUCAACACCAACAGCACGGAGCACAGGGUGCUGACUGUGGGAGGCAGCAGCGACCGCAUCGAUGUGUUCACCAACCUGUCCUACAGAUCCUUCUCACUCAGCUUCUGACACUCCAUCAGGAACCUGGCACGGUUUUUAUUGUUAGAAUCUCACUUCAACUGUAGAAUCAUUUAGUCUGAAGAUAAUAAAAUAUUUUUGUCUCGUUUCAUAAAAA